CUUUCCCUCCCUUAGCCCAGAUGAGAGCACAGAAGCAGUGGGAAGGGGCUGCUUGCUCCUGGAGCCCAUCAUGUUUCUGUCAGAACACCGGCUGGCUGAAAGAGGAUAUUUGCUGCUCUGGCUGCUCCCAUCUGUUCUCAAAGCCCAGCCUAGUGCGGAGGUGAGCCCAAACCCUCUGCCAUGCCAGCAGAGCUCAGUUCAGGUCUCAUGCCAAGGUCUUGGCCUCCGCACAUUUCCAGAGAAGCUUGGCCAUGGGGUUAAGCAGCUCGACCUCUCUGACAACUUCAUCCAAAACCUGACGGAAAGCUGCACAUCAAAGUUAGGGCAGCUAGAGCACCUCAACAUGCAUUUCAACCAGUUGGCAACUGUGUCAGAAAUGGCCCUGACUCAUCUAACUCAUCUUCACUCUCUGCUCCUAGCUGCAAACCACCUUGAUAGGAAUUACUUCACCAAUGGAAGAGCAUUCGGGUCCCUGAGGAAUCUAAAGGUCCUGGACCUUUCGGCAAAUAAUUUGGACAGUGAUAUGGCAGCCUGGUACUUCAGCAAUCUCACCUCUUUAAAGAAACUGGAUCUAUCCUGGAACAAGAUGACCAGGCUGCCAGGGAGCAUCUUCCAGGGAACUCAACAGCUAAGAGAGAUCAACCUUCACAACAACUACAUCAUGGAAAUAGAGGAAGGCGCUUUUGAGGCUCUGGUAAGUCUAAAGGUGGUGAAUUUAGCCAUGAAUUCCCUUCACUGUAUCUCGGGCUUCAGCCUCACACAGCUGCAAGUUUUAAAUCUCAGCUACAAUGCCCUGGAGUUCUUUGUUACAGAGGAGAGAAAGGAGCAGUACCAGCUUCAGGUGCUAGAUCUGAGUCAUAACAAACUGAUCUACUUUCCAGAGCUCCCCAAGAUGCAUCGCCUCACACACUUAAACCUCUCUGAUAAUGCCAUGGUCUCUUUGGCACCAAGUUCCACCAAUACAGCAGAGUUCAGACUGUGGUAUGAUGAGAUGGCAAGACCUAACAUAUCCUUGAAUAUUUACAAUGCAGCAGCUAGACUGUCAAAGAUAACUGACUUAGAUCUCAGCAGUAACCUGUUGUAUUUGUUCCCAGUUACUUUCCUUCACAAUCUGAGCUCCCUCCAGAAUCUCAAUAUGGCUAAGAACUGUCUCCAUAAUAUCGCUGUGGAGUCACCUCCUGGUGAUAUGAAAAGCAAGGAGCCAGGCGUGAUGCAUGACAAUGCCUUUCUGUCGGUGCAAUCAUUGGAUCUUCAAGGCAAUUUCAUUCAUUCCUUGCCACAGUGGUUUUUUGGUAUUCUGCCCAAACUGGAAACACUUGACCUUGGUUCUAACAGCCUCCAGCCUUGUGAGAGCCAGAAUGCUAAUAGAAGAGAGAUACCAACAGGUCAUAACUCAGCUCAAAGAGGUAACUGUACAUCCUUCUGUGACAUACCUCAGCUGAAGUAUCUGAGUUUACGUAGGAACAACAUUGUGAGGCUAUAUCCUUUCAUGUUCAACCAAACCUCUUUGGUCUCCCUGGAUCUGUCUGAGAAUGAAGACUUGUUCAUGCCAAAAGGAGCUCUGGAGGGUCUGGAAUUCUCCUUGCAGAAGCUCUCUCUGAGAGGAAACCAGAUGGACAAUAAAAAGACAGAGUUCCCUUGUCUGAAGAUGCUGAAAAACUUGGACAUGUCAGACAACAAGUUGAGUCUUUUGCCCCCUGACCUUGUCUGCUCUCCACUGGAAAACCUGAACAUUCGCAAUAACAACCUCCAGGCCUUAGAGAAACCUGCCACCAUGAGAUGGUCCAGCAGCCUCAAUCAUCUGAACGUUGCUGGCAAUCCCUUUAGCUGUUGUGCACUGAGCUGGCUGGAAAUUCUACAAGCUGCCCGUGUGAGUGUGUUGGAUCUGAAUGAAACUCUGUGCUCUUAUCAGGACAAGAACAGGAACUUCUCAGCAAAGAUAGCCAACAAGCCCACGUGGCUUUGUCCUCAUCAGAUAGGAAAUCACUACCUGAUGGUAUUGGUGGUGGUGAUCACUCUUUGCUUUCUGUUUCUCAGCUGCGGGAUGUUCUGUCAUCUGAAAAAGAAUCAGAAGCUGUCAAAGUAUCUGAGCUUCACAAGCAACAGGGUGGACCCCAUUCCUUAUCAUCCAAAUAAGGAAAAGAGAACUGAAGAGAUUGUAACAGACAGAGUUACUGAAGUAUAGUACGGGGCAGGAGAGGGAGAAUAAUAUUUAUUGUAUUUUAGGCACCUGCCCCUCACUAUUAAAGGCUUCACAAACAAGACAAUAAAACAUUCAAAAUCAAAUCAAUAUUCGGUGCUCCCUCCUGAUGCAAGCAGCUUAGACACAUGCUGUAGCCUCCACGGGCCAUCUCUCCAUACUGCUUUUUUGUGUGUGCAAGGGAUAACUGCUCAUUGUGGGAGCCGUGGAAAUAUUGUUGUAUUUACAAAGAAUUCCCUCAUGGGUUUCCUGCCCUGAAACAAGGUUGCUGCUCUUUGAAUGGAUCUCCCCCUCCUGCUUCACAGCUGAACCCACCCUCUUCUGUUUGUGAGCAGAUAGUUAUCUCCACAGCAACAGAAUUGUUAUUCUACAAAACUGUUGUUCCGCAUUCUCCAGGAGUUGUCACUUGGCCUUUCAAUAGGCAAAUUAAAUACUUCUUACUUGUCAACCUAGUAAACAAGAAGCCCCCCACCCCUUCUUUCCCCCCUGCAAUAUGAGGGCUGCAGAGUCAUGUGAAACGCCCCUUGUAAGGAAGUUUUAGGCCUGGUCUACACCUAAAACAGGUCAACCUAGCUACAGUGCUCAGAGGUGUGAAAAGUUCACACCCUGGGAGAUUUAGUUAAGCUGAGCUAAAUCCUGAUGUAGACACUGCUAGGUCCUCAGAAAAAUUCAUCUAGCAACUGCCUCUCAAAGGAGAGGAUUUACCGCAGCAAUAGAAAAAACCUUUCCAUCACUGUAGUGAGUGUCUCCACUACAGCAGCUGUUUGGCUGUAGCACUUGACGUGUAAACAAAUCUGUAGUGUAUUCUCCUGUAAUGGCCCAAAACACAACAGCUUACAGUAUCAAAAAUGGCCUUGUGGGGAAGGGGGAGAGGGUGAUUUCUGUAGAAUCCCAGGUUGUUGUUUAAAAACGUGACUCUCCCCUUUGUUGACACUCCUGUCCCUUGAACUUUCAUCCAAACCUUUGUGCUGAGUUGACGCUUCUAAGUGGCUCUGAGCAGUGCAGAGUGUGCCUGAGGGUGGCUUGCCAUGUUCUUGGCCAUUGUGAUAGGAAUGAAUCUACCUCAACAAAAAGAACCCGAGCUGAAAAUUCUCUGCCUCUCUGUGGUCAAAACCCCUAAGCUUUUCAGGUCAGCGUGCAGGCAGAGCUUGAACUAGGACAGCCAAGCCACAAUUUCUAAACUUGUCAUAAGCCUGCAGUGGCUGUGACAGGCUGACAUCUUCCACAAUGACAGGAGCGCGCAACUGGGCUGUCUAGCUCCAGGGAAAGCUGCCCCCCUGCACCCAUGGAAGCCAUCAAGGCAAAGAGCUCCCAGUCACUGUUCUAACCAGUAACGCUCUCACCUUUGGUGCUCACACUCCCCAGAUAAUCAGCAAUCGAUUUAAAAGAUGCUGCAGGAGCAGAGUCCUGAAAGCUGAGGUGCUGAGCAGGGCCUGGCGAGUAGGGGACUCUGCUCCUGUGGUACUGAGACUGCAGCUCUCUAGCUGCCAGGUUACUCCUUCUGGGACUCAGGAAGCCAAAGAGAAACACUCAUUAGCAUCAUGGGAGUUGUGCUUGAGCUCAGACACAUUCAUUCUCCACCCUGUCGCUGCCAGGCUUGCUGUGACAAAACCCAUUGCUUUUCAGGGUUCCUCAGUUCUAGUCUUUGUCACCCCAGCCAGCCUGACACUGAGUGCGACACCCAGGAAUGUUUACAAGUCGAGCUCUACACAUGUCUGGUGCUGCAGAGUGAGUGGGGUUUGGAAAAGGUUUAAAUUAUUCAUGAAUUGUCAUUAAAUGAUUCAUUGUAAAAUAAAGGACACUUUGCUCUAAAGAAGGUGCUGCCCUCUACCUCCCACCCCCCCGCCACCUGCGUUGUGUCUGUAUGUCUGCGACUACUGCCUUACGUGCUGUGACAAACCGACUUUCCGAAUGAAUGGGAAUCUAUGCCUAUCUCACUGGAUGGAGCUGAGCCCAUGUUCCCAUGUUCAGUUCAGACUCUCUUUGAUCCAGAAGGGUACUGUGGCCAAGAUAGGCCAUGGGAUUAUGCUGGUCUCUAUUCCACUGUGCUUCCCUCCCUAUCCACCAGGCUCUGUUGUUGUCUAUGGAUUUAUCCUUCUCAUGUACAUUAGAAGCUCCUUAGGACAGGGAUGUAUUUUCUUAUUUGUCUGGAGAGCACUGUGCACGCACCACUGGGGCUAUAUAAGCAAUCUGGCUGCUCCCAAGAGCUGUGAUUAUCAUGCAAGAGAAGGUAAGGGAGAGAGGGAUGGAUGCCCUCUUCGUAUCCAGGGCAUGGUUACUUCAGAGGGUGUUUCAUGAUAAACAAAGCCCCAGUUGCAGGUGCUGUUGUUUUUUGACAGGUGUUUUUGAAGCUGUAAAUGUGCAUUUUGGGUGGCCUCUUGGUUAGUAAUGUUCCUCAUUUAAACCACAUACUAGGCUGUACUUUCUAUGCAUUCCACAGUAUGCUGACUUGGCCUUCAUAGGGUUUAUUCAUCAUCACCUUCCCCUGCCCCCAUGAAGAAGCCUUCAGUGUUGUACAUUCCAUGCACUCUAAACCAGGACAGCCCUGCCGUGCCCCACUGAGAGCUUUGUUUGGCCUUGGCUACACUUGCAAGUUAGAGCGCAUUAAAUCAGCCCUGGGCGCCCUAACUCCUGAGGUGUUCACACUGGCAAGGCACGCAGAGCGCCUGGACUCCACGGCUGGAGCGCCCGUGGUAAUCCACUUCCACGAGAAGCAUAAAGCUUGCUGCGCCCCGGCUGGAGCCCCAUGGGACCAGAAUGGAUGUCCUGGUCCAUUAAUGCGCUCUGAUCGGCCUCCAGAAGUGUCCCACAAUGCCUGUUCUAGCCACUCCGGUCAUCACUUUGAACUCAACUACCCUGCCCUCAGGUGACCAACUGUCAGACCGGCCCUUUAAAUUCUCUGGGAAUUUUGAAAUUCCCCUUCCUGUUUGCUCAGCCAGGCGUGUAGUGCUCUCAGCGCAUCUUUCCAGGUGACCAUGCCUCCACGCGCCGGGUGAUCCCCAGUAUGGAGCAAUGGAAAGGUGCUGGACCUCAUCAGUGUUUGCGGGGAGGAAGCUGUCCAGUCCCAGCUGCGCUCCAGCAGUAGGAAUUAGCAGUAGAAUACCUACGGGCAGAUAUCAAGGGCCAUGAUGGAAAGAGGCCAUGACCGGGACACUCUGCAGUGCAGGAGCUGGAGAACGCCUACCGCAAAGCCCGAGAGGCAAAUCGCCGCUCCAGUGCUGCCCCUGCGACCUGCCGUUUCUACAAAGAGCUGGAUGCAAUACCUGGGGGCGACCCCACCUCCACUCCGAAGAGCACCAGGGGCCUUAGCAGCCCAGAGUUCAACAAGGCAAGAGGAGGAAAGCGGGAGCGAGGGUGCUGAGGAGGAGGGGGGCCCAGAGCCAGAGGACGGCCCGGCAUCCCGAUAUGCAUACAGCCAGGAGCUGUUUUCAAGCCAGGAGGAAGGUAGCCAGUAGCAGCGGACAGUGUUUGAGGAAGAACAAAUAGCAGAGGAGGUGACUGGUAAGUGGCUUUUAUUUUGGGAAGGAAGUUGUUCAGUGUGGGCUCUUGGGGUGAGGAGAGUUAGGGCUGCAUGCAUGUCUAGAUGCGGAAAAGGGCGUUGAUGUGCUCUCUCACAAUGCAGAAAUCGACCUCAGUGAUCUCACCAAAGGUCUCAUGCAGAAGCUGGGCAAUCCUCUUACACAGGUUCCUUGGCAAAGCUACUGUGUUCCUUGUCCCAGUAAGGCUAAAAUGUCCGCACCACUGUGCCGAAAGUGUUGGAGGGACCAUUGAUGCACACAGGCAAGCAGCAUUAGGGCCAGGGCAGAAGCCGCAUUGUAGUAGAAGACCCUCCCUUGCUCCCCAGGUCACCCUCAGCAGCGAGAUAUCUUCCAGGACUAACUCAUCCUGUGGAAAAUGUGGGGACAGUGUUCAGUAUAGGGGCCCCCUGCAGCUGUUGGCUCUCCCCAAGGCACAGAACCCCAGAGGACAGUACGGCCGUGAAACAAUCAGUCCUCCUUGCCCCUGUGUUUACUCGCCAUUUCGGGGCUCCCUUGGGUUAUGUGCACUCGCUUUGGGACGGGCACUUUCUGCUAUUGUGUACACUGUACUUGUCUUUAAGUUCAGCCGAAUCAUUGCUCUGUCUGGCGUGAACAAUGCUGCCUCUGUUAAGUGUUGCGUUUUGGCUUUACAGAUGCAACCUUGAGAUCCCAGCCGUCCUUGUUAUCAACGGCCGAAAGCCUAGAAAGAAUCAGGAAGCGGCCGCGAAGAAGCCAGGAGGACCUUCUGCAUGAAGUUAUGCAGCAGUCCCUACUAAUAAUCAAGAAGUAUAGGAGUGGUGGGAGACUGAAAGGAGGCUCCACCAGCAGAAUGCAGAUCACCGGCACCAAAGCGUGGAGCGGCUGCUAAGCAUUAUGGAGCACCAACCAGACUCAAUGCAGGCGCUCAUAGCACUGCAGAUGGAGCAGAUCCGCGCCUGCCCCCGCCCCGCAGCCCUUGUCCCAAAACUCUUUCCCUUGUGCCCCCAUGUCACCGCCAACCCACUUCACCCAACAUCCGGUUUCUUACCGCCACCAGCUGCCUCCGACACCUGUAGCUUCACCACCCAGCCCUGCAAACUACAACCCUUACCCACUGCACUCAGCCCCCUUCACCAUGCAUUUUAGCCAGCCUGAAGUGCAGCACCCAUUGCACCACACUCCAGACAGGAAGGCUGAAUAUGAUAACAAGACAUACGCAAAUCUGUGCUUGUCCCAUUCCCCACCCUGCCCCCUUCCCUCCUCCCACACAGCACAGAUGUGUCAUGCCUUUUCUGUUCCCCAGCAGUUGUGUUUCUUUUCAAUAAAUGAAUUUUUUUGGCUUUGAAAA